AUGGUGAUGGACGGCCUUCCUGGAGCGUCGAAACGGCCAAGAUUGGCAAGGAAGCAAACCGAAGACUUGGCAAGGGCCAUCGUCGAAGAGAACCUUCACCAUGUUACUGACACUGACAGGCCGUUCUUGGGUGCCCAGCCCAUUCUGCUCCAGAAGCCCGAGAUUGCGACGAAGAGUGAGACGUACCGAGCCACUCGCGUCGCAUGCCAAUCAAUUUCGAAGGCCAUCGCAAAAGCCAAGGGCAUUCUGAUAUGUUUCGGACAGGAUGCAUCUACCAGCAGUUGCUGCAAAAAGCUGCUGGAUUAUGCUUCGGACUCGCAAGAUGUGGUUGAUAUUGCGCCGAUUCAUGUGGCUGUUGCAAGUGAUUGGCAGCAUACGCUCCCGCUCGAAGCUAAGUUUCAAGCGAUUCCCAUGGCAACUCAUGGGCACCGGCUCUUGAUUUAUAUAGGGACACCAGGAAAGUUUGUGACGAUGUGUAUUCGGUCUGAUCACGGCCAGUUUGAUGCGGCUUACAAAGAAAGUCGCUUGGUGGUUCUGUGCAAGGGGGCGUGCAUGCUUCCAAUCGGCAGCCAAGAGCACAACAUCUAUGGGGUCGAUGAGGCGGAGGUCUUGAGGAGCAUCUGCGGUGACAUCAAGGCAAAAGGAGAAGUAGCAUGGGGCUUGGGAGCUGCCACCAAGCACUUCUUCAUGCAAAAGGCUUUUGGCUAUCCCACACCAAUGCCCAUGCCUUCGGCCAUGGAAUCGACCAGUACAGAUCGGCUGAAGUGCUUGGUAGAUUACGUGAGGUUUAGCAAUCAGUUAAAGCUGGCGAAUCCGGACAUGACGGUGAGAAACUACUACGACACGGGGUUGACCACAGCAGUCCUCAUGGCCACCAUCGUCAAGGAGGGAAUCUCGCUUCUAACAGACGGGGAUGGCAUUGCCAUGCUCAGGGACUCGAGUAUUGGGCAUGUUCUCUCAAAGCUCAAUCAGGUCGUCGCUGUGGAGCAGAUUUCGAAGAAGAGAGGCGUGUACAACUUCUUUGUCGGAGAUGGUGCGAGUCGACUGAAUGGUGGCACUGAGCUUGUGAUGCACUUGAUGGAAGCUGACGUAAGUUCCUUAAUCACCGUCUUCGUCUUCAACAACAAAGCCUGGGCUGUUGAAGACAACUUGAUUGCAGCAACUGAGGCUGAGCAUGUCCUGCACAACACCCAAUUCUAUGAUGCUGUUGCGAAGCACGAUCUGGUGCACAUGUGCGAGACGGAAGAAGAGAUAUGCAAGUUCAUGGCCGAUUUGAGUCACCGAGCCAUCAAGUUUGCCAACGGAGUUGGCAAAGGAGAGCUUCGACUGGUAGUGGUGCGCGGACUGGAGCUGAACGUGCCGCCCAUCAUUGGAAACAAUGCUCUCAUCGAAAGGUCAAAGGAGAUGACUCUCAUGCGAGAGGUUCUAAGCCUCUUUGCUCAGGGCUGUGAGUUCAGGGUUCCCCUUUAUGGCUGCUCUGCUUUCGAGUACAUUCCGUACCUGCAUGCUUUCCUGCAGACGAAUGAGGGGAGGAAGUAUCAAUACGUCUGUGGCCGCACCGAUAUUCAGGCUGCACAGAUGAUGGGUUUUCAGCAGCCCGAAGAGAAGUGUGUUCUCUUCAUCAAUGACGUUUUCGGGAUAAACUCUCUGGGUGAGAGCCUGCGAGCCUUGCUCAGUGGGUUUCAUGGACGUCAGGCCCUCGUGAUGGUAUGGCAUCCUUCCGUAUUGAAGGUCAUCGACAACUUUCACGUGCACCGUCCUGCUUUGGUGUGGCCCUCGGUAGGUGCCACGGUGGCCCAGUUUUUUGUCCGGAGUGAGUCGAGCGCAGCUUUUUUGGACUUCGACGGAGAUCCGCAGUCGCUAGAUCGCAUCAAGCAGGCAAUCCGAGCUGCCACUCCUUUAGUAAUGGUCAAUAUUCUGCCAGAGCAUGAAUGCAACUUCGUUCAUCUGGAUGCGCGGAUCAAAGUUAAGCCGCUUUGA